UAAAAUGCUGUCUGUUUUCUGCAUUGGGACUCGGGAGUGUGUGUGUUUCUCUCGCGGCUUGACUCUCGUCGUCACACAGUGUGUCAGAGGCGGUGUCAUCAGUCAAGCCCACCAUGGAGGUUGACCCUUUCUACAAGAACUUGCCUAAAAUCGAAUUACAUGCACACAUCAAUGGUUCUAUUAGCACUGAGACAAUCGAGGAACUUUUGGCGAAGAAUCAGCAAGAAGGAAAGCAGCAACUAGACAUAACAGCAUUACAAAGAUGGAAGGCUGGCUUGGAGAAAGGAGAGUCAAUGACUUUGGAUGGGUGCUUUGAUAUGUUCAGGCUUAUCCACCAGUUGGUGGACAACCGCGAGGCAGUUGCCAUAGUAACUCGCAAUGUUAUCAGGGAGUUUGCGGAGGAUGGUGUCAGAUAUCUCGAGUUGAGGAGCACCCCGAGAGAUGUACCGGAGACGGGAAUGACCAAGAGAAGUUACGUGGAAAGUGUACUAUCUGCGAUACAUGAGAGUAAAGAUGCUGGACUUGAUAUUAUAGUGAGGUUUAUGAUAGCCAUCGACAGGGGAAGAGAUCUCAAGACUGCACAGGAGACGGUUAAACUUGCCAAGGAGUUCUACGCCUCCAGUGGUGGGGUUGUGGUUGGACUUGACUUAAGUGGCGACCCAAAUAAGAAUGAUGCCAGAGAUUACAUCCCUUUUCUAAAAGAAGCAAGAGAGAGUGGUUUGAAAUUGGCACUCCACACUGCAGAGAUUCGCAAUGUCACAGAGAGUCUAGCGCUCGUCCAGCUUCCUCCAGAUAGAAUUGGACAUGGGACAUUCUUGCAGCCUGGAAACGGUGGAUCACAAGAGAUAGUCAACACAGUAAUCAAAAAUAAAACUCCAUUAGAGCUUUGUCUUUCUUCAAACAUUAUCGGUCAAACUGUAACAAGUUUUGACAAUCAUCAUUUCAAAUUCUGGUAUGAUCGAGGCCAUCCAUGUGUUAUUUGUACGGAUGAUAAGGGAAUAUUUGCCACCAGCCUUUCCCAGGAGUACCAGAUCACUGCCUCAACGUUCAACUUGACCCGAGACCAGGUGUGGGAACUCUCGCUCAAAAGCAUCGAGGCAAUAUUUGCAGAUGAUGUGAUGAAAGAUAAACUCAGGAAUCUUUGGGCCAACGAAAAGUCUAAAUUUGAGUUUACGUGAAGUAUUCAAGUUGUUUUAAGUGCAAAGGAUUAAAAGAGAAUAACAGGGUUUUAUACACAAAUCAGUGGAUUUGUUCACAAAAUGGAGGUGGAUUGUUAAGAGUUUCCGAUGGUGUUUAUUUGUUAUUUCGCACAAUGGAAAUGGAAACAAAACAAUUUUGACAGUUGGAAAUUUGGGUACAUUUCACGGUGUAGAUAUCCAAACUGAGUUAACUGAUAAAAUACAAGCUAACAAACGUGUGCAAACAUACUGG